ACAAACAUUUGAGGCACAUGACCGCAGGUCUACCAGUCAUGUGAAAAUUAACCCUAUGCAAAGUUCCCUUUUAGCUCAAUGCACGCACGCAGCUACUAGCACUGCCAGUAAGCGUAACUUACACGCUACAAAAUAAAAUCAAUGCAAAUUCUAGACUGCCUACAACCCGAUGGUAGAAUGUUUUCAGGUGAUUUUUCGUGAGCUUGAUAAUUCACUCCAAGUCAAACAAUGGCAAGCAAGUACAAUAAAAAACACACGAAACAAAAUACAUUGGAAACUGAACGAGCAUCAUUUGUGUUGACUGUAGAGCAAAACCAUAAAACAGAUGGACAAGUGGAGGUGACCUCCAGGUCGGCAUGGCAGGACUUCAAGAGGAAAGUGGGUCUGCUGGUGCCAUACAUGUGGCCCAGGGGCAGUGUGCUGCUGCAGGGUCUGGUGAUGCUGUGUGUUGCACUUUUGUGCCUGGAGCGUGCCAUCAAUGUGUUUGUGCCUAUUUACAGCAGGAAUAUAGUGAACCAGCUGUCUGCGAUGGAGAGCUGGAGGACCCUGGCCGUCACGGUGUGUGUUUACGCACUCCUUAAGUUCUUGCAGGGUGGAGGUGUAGGUACGUCAGGUUUUGUGAGUAAUCUGCGCAGUUUCCUGUGGACGUAUGUCCAGCAGUACACCAGCCGCGUGGUGCAGGUCCGACUUUUCGCUCACCUGCACGCUCUCUCUCUACGCUGGCACCUGGGCCGCCGCACGGGAGACGUCCUGCGAAGCAUCGACCGCGGCACCUCUUCGGUCAACAACUUGCUAAGCUAUAUUGUGUUCAGCAUUGUACCCACUAUUGUUGACAUCAUCAUUGCCAUCAUCUAUUUUGUGACAUACUUCCACGCCUGGUUCGGCCUCAUCGUCUUCAUUUGCAUGGCGCUCUACCUCACUCUCACCAUCAUCAUCACUGAAUGGAGGACCAAAUACAGGCGGGAAAUGAACACCCAGGACAACGACGCCAAGUCAAAAGCAGUGGACUCCCUUCUGAACUUCGAAACUGUAAAGUACUAUAAUUCUGAGGGUUUUGAAGUCAGGCGCUUUGAGGAUGCUAUUCUGAAGUAUCAGGUUGCUGAAUGGAAGACCAAUGCUUCUCUGGCGUUCUUAAACCAAACCCAGAAUCUGAUCAUUGGAUUGGGGUUGCUGGCUGGAUCCUUGCUGUGUGCAUACUAUGUUACAGUGGACGAGUUUCAAGUUGGUGACUAUGUUCUCUUUGGAACCUACAUUAUCCAGCUCUACACUCCACUCAACUGGUUUGGUACAUAUUAUAGAAUGAUACAAAGCGCUUUUGUUGACAUGGAGAGCAUGUUUGAUCUCCUAACAGAGGAGAAAGAGGUAAAGGACAAUGUGAAUGCAGGAGACCUGUUGUUUACAGAGGGGAGAAUUGAUUUCAAGAAUGUGUGCUUCAGUUACACUCCUGGGAAGGAGAUUCUCAGUGAUGUGUCCUUUUCAGUGAUGCCCGGGCAGACAGUAGCACUGGUUGGCCCGUCCGGAUCGGGAAAAAGUACCAUCAUCCGUCUACUUUUCCGGUUUUAUGACAUACGUAGUGGAUGCAUACUCAUUGACGGACAGGACAUCUCGAAGGUGAAACAGAACUCGCUCAGAUCCUACAUUGGCGUAGUUCCUCAGGACACCGUCCUUUUCAAUGACAACAUCCGUGAAAACAUUCGUUAUGGACGCAUAUCUGCAAGCGACCAGGAAGUAGAAGAGGCCGCAGUGGCUGCUGACAUCCAUGAUAGGAUAUUGUCCCUUCCAGACGGGUAUGACUCCGAGGUCGGUGAAAGGGGUCUGAAGUUGAGUGGUGGAGAGAAGCAGAGAGUCGCCAUCGCUCGUACCAUCCUGAAAAACCCACGUAUCAUUUUGCUUGAUGAAGCCACAUCUGCUUUAGACAGUCAAACGGAGCGCAACAUUCAGUUGUCUCUUGCCAAAGUGUGUGCCAACCACACCACUCUCGUCGUGGCGCACAGAUUGUCCACAAUCAUCAGCUCCGACCAGAUCCUCGUUCUUCACGACGGCAGGAUUGCAGAACAAGGCAGGCACGAGGAGCUGCUGGCCAUGGGAUGCCUGUACUCAGCCAUGUGGUUAAAACAGCAGCAAAGCCCCGAGUGUGAGGUCUCAGAAGAGUUAGGCCUGGAGACACAGGGGAGUAGCUGAAGAUACGGCAUUGAUAAUGAAUUUUGAUGGAUGAAAUCAAUCAGCCAAUUGGAGCUGCAAAGUUCAUCUCAGAUAGAGCUGCACCAGACCGAAAAAAGUAAUGAUGUUUCUCAGGUAACAGUAAACAGGUGUCACUGAAGUGCAAUAAAUCAAUGAAGUGUUUAAAUGUUGCUUAAACGUUGGUGGCAUAACCAAAAUCGCACAAGUGUAAAAUACUGUCAUAUGGUGACUGUUCAUUCUUAAAUGUUUUAUGUUUUUUUUAUAUCCUCUCUUCCUCCAGUCACUUGGUUUGUUUUAGACAGUAGACCGAGGAAACAUUGAAGCAUCUUUGUCAGAUUUGUCUAGAGAUAGGACUUAUGGGUAACACGCUCUAGCAGCCAAAACGCAAAGCAACAAGAGUUUAUGGUCAAACUUUAUAUUACAGUUUUCAUGUUACUUUGGAUUCAUGCAACUUGUAAUGUGUAUUUAGUAAUGCAAUUCUGCGUUACUGAUAAAAC